AGCGGGACGCGCAGGAGGAGCGACAGGUUGGCGCAGCGGCAACAAGGAGCGGCAGGAAACCUGCAACUUUUGGAUGGUCAGCAAGCAGUCAGUGCGGGAUUAUCAGGCUAGUCCGGGUCAUGCAGGGAUGAGAGUCACCGAGGGACCCGCGCGCUGGGAAUAUCCAGGGUGCCGGUAGCGCGCAGCCCGCACGGGAGGAGGAGCGGCGGCUGCAGCGCAGCGGCGCAGGAGGCGGACGGGCUCUGUCCGAUAAUCCGACCGAUGUGGACCUCUGGGGGAAACUUAAGCCGACAGCUAUGAUGUUCGCGACGUUUUUCCCCGUGAGGAAACUGCGGCGGAAGGCGAAACAUCUCCUGAUCGGGGCGCUCGUGCUGAUCGGAGCGGUGGCGGUGUACCAUGAGAUGGUCGCGACCAAAGCGUGGAGCGGCGGCAUCGAUAUGAAUCCAGACGACGGCAGCUGGAGGGGAUUUUUCUUUGAUGAAAAGGUAAAAGGGAACCUCAAUCAGGAUCCUGUGAAGGACUCCGCAAAGUGGACCUCCAGUUUUACUCCUCAGUUAUGGAAACCAGAGUACCGGGGCCGGGCCAAUCUGCAUGUCUUCGAGGACUGGUGCGGCAGUUCCACAGAUGACCUCCGCAGGAACCUGCACUACCCGCUCUAUCCCCAUAUUAGAACUACAGUGUCAAAACUGGCCGUCUCUCCUCGGUGGAACAACUAUGGACUCCGGAUUUUUGGUUAUUUGCAUCCCUACGUCGAUGGAGAGUUUGUCUUCGCUCUGGGCUCUGAUGACAACUCAGAACUGUGGCUGAGCGCCGACGACUCCCCCCUCAACUCAGAGCUGCUGGCUUGGGUUGGAAAGACCGGUUCGGAGUGGACAACCCCUGGAGAGUUUGAGAAAUAUGCGAGUCAGACUUCCAGACCAGUUUGGCUGUCUGCUCAGAGGAGAUACUUUUUCGAAGUUAUUCACAAACAAAACGAUAGAGGAACUGACCAUGUGGAGGUGGCUUGGCAGCUGCUGAACAAGGACUUCAGGCUUAAGAUUAUUGAAUCCAAGUACAUCUCUCUUUACACUGAUGAGUCGGCCUUGCUAAUAAGCGAUGUUGCCCACAUACCGCAGACGGCUGCGAGUAAUCAGCAUGCCACCGCCGGCCAGCGCUUUGCCCCAGCAGAAAUGCUCAGAGACGAUCCACGAGAUGCUUUCUAUCAGGUGCAACAGAUAAGCAGAAAGUUCCUAGAAGGUGUUCUUCCUGACUGUUCAUACAAACCCAGCUAUACCAUCAAAGACUAUCCUCUGAGCCGUUACCAAGGACUGCAGUUUAUCCACAUGUCCUACAUCUAUCCAAAUGACUACACCCGACUCACACACAUGGAGACCCAGGACAGCUGCUUCUACCCUGAGAGACCUUACCAAAUGGCAAUGUUUGGCUUCUCUAGGUACAUGAAACUGGACCUGCCUCCAGAUACACAGGACAAAGAAAACGGAGGAGAAGAUUUUGCUUUCAAGAGGAGGAAAUCAAUCUUCAGAGAUGAAGACAGAGAUGAAGACUACAGAGUGAAGAAACAAGAGACGCAGUCCAGGCUGGACCACGUUGACAAUGCUCUUUUCCCAGACUAUGGUGAUGAUUUUGAUGACUAUGCCCUAAAGCGCAGGCGCAGAAUCUUCUCAGUGGACGCUGAGGAAAGUGACAACGAACUGUCAAAGAUUCACCACCAGCAAGACCAGGCAGCUGUGAAACAAAGCGGCCCAGAUGAAAAGGCAAAGCAAGUACAGCCCACCGUUAAUGUUACAAGAUUAAAAGCUCCAAAAAAGAGGAGAGUUGCAAGAGUAGCACGGAGCCUUCCUCCAUUGCCAGUUGACAAUGAGCCACUCCAAGCAAAGCAGCAAGCCAGCAACAGAAGUGGCCAGAUCCAGAGGUUGAACAAAUCAAAUCGUACCCAAAUCCGAAGACCCAAAGGCUCACAGUAUCAGAAUCUAGAGCGGGCUGCGCCUCUGCCUGAAAAAGGUCAAGUGUACAAAAGGCGGAAAUUUAAAACCAAAGAAAAAGACCGCAAACAAGCCACAACGAAAAAUACAACCAUCUUCAGGAGAGAGAACAACCCGCUUUUAGAAAGGCAACACGAGAAGGACACAGAUAUAAAAAGUCCGAGGGAUGAGGAGACACAUCUGAAUAUGGACCAGAGUCAAGAUUUACAAAACGACGUCCAUAGAGCUAAAAUAAAUGAGAGAGAGAAAAAAGAUAUUAAUUGGUCAGAUACACAAGUAAAAAAUGACCACAUGGAGAAGGAAAAUAAUUUUUCUAAAACCACUAUGAGGAGAGGCAAGGUGGGAGUGGGUGAGGAAGACUCCUCCUGGCUUCUCGGGGGGGAUUUCGAGGAUGCAUAUGAAGAGGAAACGACUCCGAAGAUAGAGUACGACACUGUGGUCAGCUGGAACCAAACCUUCCAGGUCAACCUGGUGGACCUUCAGGCAAUACGUUCGGAUUGGAUUGAUCUGAAAUGCAACAUUUCUGGAAACCUGCUGCUUCACUCCAGUGAUGCUUUGCCCAUCGUGACAGCGUUCAUGGAACAACUGAACGCAAAGCAUAAUGGGCAGUUCACAUUAAUGCGUGUGAUUAACGUGGUGAAGCGAGUGGACGGCUUCACUGGGAGUCGCUACCUGCUGGAGUUGGAGCUUAAGGACGUGAAUGGCCGGAUACUUCGACUGUCACACUAUAUAUACGCCCUGAUUCGCCAGCCACGCCACAGAGAUGUCCAUUUGAAACGUCCGAAGCCUCAGAUCCUGCUCUGCAACCCGGUGGGGUUCAGGUGGAACCCGUCCGCCACCGUCCACUUCAUCGUGCCAGUGAAAAACCAGGCCCGUUGGGUGCAGCAGCUUAUUGUCGACAUGGAAUGGCUGUACAGACAAAGUGGAGACGCAAACUUCAACCUUAUCAUCACUGAUUAUAACAGCACUGACAUGGACGUGAGAAAAGCUCUCGAAAAAUCCUCCCUACCAAGGUACCAAUAUAUCAAGCUGAGUGGGAACUUCAAACGCUCCGCUGGUCUGCAAGCUGGUAUUGACCUAAUAGAUGAUGAUCACAGCAUCGUGUUCCUUUGCGACCUGCACAUCCGCUUCCCUCCCUCGAUUAUUGACACCAUCCGGAAGCACUGUGUGGAGGGCUACAUGGCCUUCGCUCCCAUCGUACUGAGACUGGACUGCGGUGUCACGCCGUCGGAGGCCAGAGGUUACUGGGAGGUCAAUGGGUUUGGCUUGCUCGGGAUCUAUAAGUCCGAUCUGGUGGCAGCAGGAGGAAUGAACACCAGAGAGUUCACAGAACAGUGGGGAGGAGAAGACUGGGAGCUUCUUGAUAGGAUCCUUCAGGCAGGACUAGAAGUAGAGAGGAUCUUCCUGAGGAACUUCUUCCACCACUAUCACUCCAAGCGUGGCAUGUGGAACCGGCAGGUAUCAGCAAACCACAAGUGACCUUGUCAGCAGCUGCUGCGCCGAUACAUCUCCACGGUUACCACCAUGGCAACCAGAGCACUUUAAAGCUGGAGCAUGAUGUCCCACUACACGAUAGCAGCUACUCUCGCCGAAAACACCUGAGGAUCAGGUGUCGCUUUUCAUUUACUCAGGCUUUGUGAAACAGGUGGCGGCAGUCAGCCUCGACAAGGUCACUGAUGAAGAGAUACUACUGAGGUGCUCUGAGUUUAUUCCACUGGAUAUGCUGUUAAACGCCGCUGGCGAGGGUACUGGAUGAUGUGUUCCACUGACUAUGCAAUUGCACACAUAUGAAGAUACCUCUGUGCACACUUGUUUCUAACGGAGAGGCCGUGCUCUGCACUACUGGCUGCUGUGGAACUGUACGUCCAUCGGCAAAACGACAUUCUGGAAUCACAAUUCCUGCCUCAAGGAUGGAUACACCCAAGUGCCCUGUAUCUUACUGACAGAUUGCACGAGUCUUAACUGGAAGAUUUUUGCUGAGGAAAAAAAAAGAAGAAGGGGUUUGUCUUAUUUGUCACUUUGUACGCAAAAAUUUACCUGUC